AUUAUAUUAGAUUAAUUUAGUUUAAAAUGAAAUAGUUAUCAAUAUUAUUUUUCUCCCCCAUUUAUUGAGAAAUUUUUAAUACAACAUUUUGGUGUAAUUCAGAAUUGUGAUGAAAUACCUACUAUCUUAGAAUUGGAGUCAUUGCAUCGUAUUCGCAAAUUCUUUCUCCAUACCUCGAAAAUAUCAUUAUAUCAUAUUGAACAGGUGAAAGUUAGUACGAGAACACCUAAUAACAAAUAAUUUCAAAUUAAAGCAGCUUACGUAAGUUGAUCUGAGUUGUUUUGAUCAUCUCUGAAAGAUAAGUAAUGAUUCUUAACCAUUAAUUCGUAACAUUGAGUUGUUUGCAGUUGUAAUAAACAUUCGGUCAUGAUCUAUUAUACGUUCGAUCAGUUGUAUUGUAUUUUGUUGUAUUUUGUGAAGAGACUGUAUGUUAUUAUUUGGAAAAAACAAAAUGUGUCUGUGAAAUGUUUAGUUGGGAAAACAGCAAUUGUGACUGGAUCUAGUUCAGGUAUUGGCUAUGCUACAGCUGUCACUUUGGCCUCAAGAGGUUGUAAAGUUAUUUUGGCAGAUUGUGUUAAUCAAAAAACUGAAGAUAAAAUAAUAGAGACCACUGGCAACAAAGAUAUUACUUUCUGUCAUAUAGAUCUCUCCUCACUACGUUCUGUGAGGAACUUUGCUUCCGAAAUAUGCAAGAAAGAAGAUAAAAUUGACAUUCUGAUAAAUAAUGCAGGUAUUGGAGUAACAAAGAAAACAGUUUCGGAAGAUGGUUUAAAUUACCUCAUGCAAGUUAACGUCUUCGGAGCUUUCUUACUCACCCAUCUUUUAAUUGAGCCUUUAAAAAAAUCAGGAUCUGCCAGAGUAUUAUUCACAAGUUCUAUGGCGGCAGUUAUUCAUAAUCUCAAACUCAAAAACCUAAAUAAAACGGAUUUUGAGAUGAAUGAUAUAUAUCGAGAAAGGUUGUAUUGUAAUUCCAAGGCAUGCAACAUAUUAGUAGCUCAAGAGUUUGCCAAAAAGUUGGAGCGAUAUGGAAUAACUGUCAAUUCAGUGGAGCCAUAUGUUGUGAAAACUCCAAUAUUAAAAAAUGUGGAAGACUUCGAUAGUGCUAUUGUAAAAAUGGCAAUAGCAUGUGUUGUACUCACUGCUAAGGAUGCUCUCGAUGUGGCUGCUGAUUUUUUAUGUGUAAUUACCAAAAAUAAUCCUCGAAGAACUAAUGGAUUACAUUUUGUACUUUCUUCCGUUGGGGACAAACCUUGGAUCUUCAAUGACCAAAAAUAUUGCAAGGACAUGUGGGCCGCAAUGGAGGAUUUAGUCAAAUUAAAACCUGAAGAAAGAAUAGUACAAAAGAAUUCUUGCUAAUGAUAUGUUAGAUGAAUCAUCUUGAAUGUUUUAUAUUCGAAUAGAACAUACAAAUAUGUAUGUAACAAAUUUUCGAAAUUAAGCAAUACAAACCAAAACGUGAAUUAUUUUCAAUUUCCAAAUAAUAAUACAGAAGUGUUGGCACAUAAGUUGUGUCUGUUUUUAAAUAGAAUUCAAUUUAGUAGAG